AUGCCCAAAGCACGGACGCCGGCGACGUCCUGGAAAAGCGGUGCCGUUCCCAGGACAAUCAGGCGACCGUGGAGAGUCUUCGAUGAGGAGAUGGAGCAGCGCCUCUUGCAAGCGGAGACCACUUCAGGAGCAGGAGGUGACACGGAGGAGACCGAUAUCAUCAGAGAGCUCUAUGAGGAAAUUCAGGUCCUGCAAGGCGUCGAUACCAGUGGUUUCCGCCACGAUCAUUGGGCCCAGGUGUUGCAGGAGCUGGGUGGACGACCCGAGGAGGUGGCCACUCUUUUGCCCACGAAUCCCGAUCUGGACAUCCAUGGCUUCCUGGACGCUGUCUUCACCACCAGCGGCAGCAGCAGCAGCAGUGCGAGUCCCGGGAUAACCAAGCCAGCAGCGUCCACAGAGUCUGCACCGGACCCCUGUGCGCUUCGCAUCCUGCAGAUCACUGAUGUCUAUGUGCUCGAGAACUUCCCGAGCAUGAAGACUCUCAUUGCCGAGAAGGAAGCGGAGCUCAAAGCGGAGUACGGAGGAGCAUCGCGCUGUGUUUCCGUACUGACCGGCGACUUUCUGGCCCCUUACCUGCUGUCGAGCAUUGACCGCGGCUCUGGGAUGGUCCGGAUGCUGAAUGAAACUCCCAUCCAGUACGUGACCUGGGGGAACCACGAGGCCGAUCUCUCCCACGAGGACGUCAUGUGCCGUGUGGAGGAGUACAAAGGCGUGUGGAUCAACAGCAACAUGCAGUCUCACGAGUCUUUCGACAAGUGCCACUGCCAGCAAGAUGUGGAGGUUCUGGAGGUCCGAAGCCGCGGCGGGAAGAACUCGCGCCGGAUUGGGCUCGUGGGGGUGCUCAGCGACGAGGCCACCCUGUACAAACCAGGCGCAUUUGGUGGUGCCACCAUCGAGGAUCCCUGGAAGACGUUGGCCUUCUACAAGGAAAAGUUGGAGAAGGAUCAGAAGUGCGACCUCGUGGUGCCGCUCUGCCAUCUGUACGAGUCCCAAGAUGAGAUCACUUGCCACAACUUCGACUUCCCUGUGAUCCUCUCUGGCCAUGACCACCAUGUGGUUGAUCGAACGAUCAGCGGCACACGGCUCCUGAAGCCGGGCUCUGAUGCUCGCUUUUGCGUACAGCUCGACCUCGUUUGGGACCACCCUGGGCCCGACGCACCCUUGCGCCUCUCGGCGCAGCUGCUGGACCUCAAAGACUUCACGCCCAACGCCUCCUUGGCCGCCUCCGUCCAAGAGGUCUACUCCACGCUGGACCACCUCCGCUGCACGCAGAUAGUCAAGGUGCCAGCAGCCUAUCGUCCCUUGAGUUCUGUGAACUCGCGUGGGUCCUGUACGACAAACGCGCGCUUCCUUUGCAGUGAGAUUCGGAAUGCCUUGAACCUGGACUGCUUGGAGGGAAGCCCCCAUUGCGACUGCGUGCUUAUCAACGGUGGUAACUUCCGUGGGGAGCGCGACUACAAGGAGACCGAGCACAUGUCUCUGGAGGACUUAAUGUCUGAGAUGGACGAGUCUGUUGAGAUUGUGGUGGCUCUUGUGCCGGGAAAGUUGAUCCAGUCCGGUCUGCGGGAAACCUGGCAGAGUAUCAGUGGGGCCUGGAUGCAGCAUGACGAUCAGCUGGAGGUGGAUGCGGACGGACAGGUGCAGAAGGUUGCAGGCAAAGCCCUGGACCCCGAUGCCAUGUACCGUGUUGGCACCAGCAGGCGCUUCGGCAUCCAGCUUAUCAAAGGCAUUGCUGCUUACUGGGCAGAGACCCCCGGUGCCAAGCCGCACCCGGAGUCCGGCAUCCCCGUGCACUCUCUGCUGCUACACUAUUGGGCCGAGAAAGUCUGGGUGAGGAUCUGGGCCUUUCUUGACAAAGAUCACAACGGCCGCAUCGAUCCAGAAGAGAUCAAGGCUUUGGACAGGACGGGCACGGGGCAACUGGACCAUGUGGACAUUAUGAAUGCCGUGAAAAACGUGGCGCACAUGGAAACGUUCGAGGGCGAAUAUACUCUCACGGAUUUGAUAAUGAAGGUGGCUGGCCAUUGUGGCCAGGGCACCCUGACACUGGUCGAAAUCAACAGCAGACGGCGUCAUCGCCGCCAGCAGCUGCGUGGAAUCAAGAGACGCGAGGUCAGAGUGCCAUCGGAGCUGCUGCCUGACCGGGGGGCCCUGGCGGUCUUCCAGGAGAUUUCGGACAUGGACCAGCGAUGCUACGCCGAGGUUUCUCUCGAGGAGCUCUCAGCUUUCGUGUGCUGGCGACAGAAGCAGGAUCUGCGGCAGAGACAGGGCGACUCUGACGAUGAAUGCGGUUGGCAACUGGAGGAUGAUUGGGACAUGCUGGACGGAGGAGAGAAGAUCGAGUGGGUGCCGGAGGACCCUCGCAAGACGCUGGCCGCAGACCCGACGGGUCAGUGGCUGACCCUGCUUGAAGACGGUCCUGUGAAGUGUUCACCAGGAGGAGAUCUGCCGCGGGUUCCCUUUGAGAGCCCGGGCCGGGCCAGUGAGGAGAACGAACUCGACAGCGGCGACAGCAAAGAAGGGGUCCAUCGCUGCAUGAACGCUCCCCAAGCUGCGAUGGGAGCUUCGGAAGCUCCCGAAGAGGAAGAAGAGAUCAGGGAUGAAGCUGAAGCUGACAUGGCAACUGGCACCGAGCAUGCGGCCCCUGGUGAAGCUCCAGUUGAAGAGGCCAAUCCUGAAGACGGGGUGCAUGAAGAGUGCAUCGCCAGCCAAACAUCGGCCAACAGAAUCAAGCAGGCUGAGGACGACGACGGUCAGCAAGCUGAUGAUGAGCUCGGCAGAAUCGCAGCCACCGCUGCUCACGAAGCUGGUCCGGUUUCGGAUGAACAAGCCGCGCCUUGCUCCGAGUUCCACUCAGCUGAUGCUGACGUCGCCACGGACAUAACCGCGCCGGCCGAAGCCACCGGCGGCCAAGCAGCCCGAUCCAACGCACAGGAGAAUGCCGCUGUUCGUUUGGCACGUCUCUUCCAGGCACCAUCGGAGGCACCGGAGCAGGUGCCAGAAGGCGGGGAACCAGACGGGGAAGGUGUGGAAGCCGGCGCGCGCCGGGCCACCCGAGCUCGCAGAGCUCGCAGAGGCCCAGCGGCACGGAAAUCGGACUCCGUCCAGCUGGCCAUUGCUGCGGGCGCAGACGAAGGCUUGGCUCGCGCAGCAGCGCAGAAGAGGCGAGCGGCUGCAUCUAACGAUGAGGCCUCCGGACCAAAGCGAGGUCGCGCUGGCAAGGCCAAGGAGCAGAGCCACAGGAGGCAGAUGCGGGGGGGUUGGCGAUGCUUUGUUUGCGACGGCGGGCCUUCAGGAAAACUUGGUUGUCUUAUCCGCUGCGAUGGCUGUGACAAGACCUUCCACAUGAACUGCCACGAUCCCCAAGUGACACGUCCGGGACUUCCCAACGAGAAGUGGUAUUGCUCACACUGUACCGAAGCUCUUGCACAGCACCGUGCGCUGCGCCUUCGACCUGGUGACUUUGCAUGGGCGCGCCUAAAGGCGACCUCGGUGCUCUGGCCCUGUGUCGUCCUGAAGCUUGACUUCACGAAGCCCGACGACCCCAGGCCAUAUUGGGUGAACUUCUUCGAGGGUCGGAAAGGUGCUGAGCAAAGAGGCGCUUGGGUGAGCGAAGAACAGGUGCUGCAGUGGAGCCAUGGCACGCUAAUUCCCGAAAGCGCUUCUCAAAGACAGGCGGCCCUGAGACAGGCGCAGGCUGCGGGAGCCGGCCCCUUCGGUACAGAGAGGUGUUCCACACCUCAGACGCCCAGACGAAAGGUCGCGAAGGUGAGCUCUCCGGCCAGCGGUGGAACCUCUACAUCCAGCACCACGCUGCCUCGCUCCUCUCCCCAUGGGACUCCCUCUUCGAGAAG